UCCACAUUCAAGAUGGCGGCGGCUGAUGUAUCUCAACACACGAUUAUACGAAGAAAUAGGCCUGGUACAAAGGCUGCAGAUUUGUACAAGUGGCCUGAUGAGCCAUUUGAAGAAAUGGACAGUACUUUGGCCGUACAACAGGAUGAAUGCACACCAGCAACAUGCACUCAAAUGACAGCRACAGAACAAUGGAUAUUCUUGUGUGCAGCUCAUAAGACUCCAAAAGAGUGUCCUGCCAUUGAUUAUACCAGGCAUACUCUUGAUGGAGCAGCCUCACUACUCAACAGCAACAAAUACUUCCCUAGCAGAGUUAGCAUUAAAGAAUCGUCUGUGGCAAAACUUGGCUCUGUUUGCAGACGAGUUUACAGAAUCUUUUCACAUGCAUUUUUUCAUCAUAGGUCUAUCUAUGACAGGUUUGAGAGUGAAACAAAUCUUUGCUCCAGAUUUACAGCCUUUGUAUUAAAAUAUGAUUUAAUGGCUAAAGAAAAYCUUAUAGUUCCUAUUGAAGAUUCCCUUACAUUGACUCGCAAACCAAGCCUUGAGGAAGUUGCACCUGAAGAAUCUGAAUCUAAGGAGCUAUAGUUGKGUGGAUGUUUCUUGAUAGCAUUCAUUUGUCAGAAGGACAUUGAAAGAGUGUUGCUUUACACAGGUUAGCRUGAGGUAGUUGAAAGGUAUUUAGAAAGAAAAUAAUGGACGUGCAUUAUAUAUAUUUUAUAAUUUUGCUAAGUUUAUGUUAUAAAUACWAUGAUUAUAAUUGCAAACAUUUUAAAAAUUGGAAUCCAGAAUACUGAAAAAKUUCGAAAUCUGGAAUCCAGUCUGCAUGUAGUUCCAGAUUAUCUCACAUGGGRCAAAUUUGAGGAAUGAGAAGGCUGCUACAACUUGGUACCCUUUGUUCAGUCGGUGUAAAUUUUGUAAAAACAAGUUGAAGUCAAUUCUACGGUCUAGAUUCUCCUUGGGUAGAGCGCGCUCGCUAYUCGACUCGCGAUUUUUAUGUAUUAUACUGGGCAGUAAAAUGGUUACAAGCUGAUUGUCCAUUAGGUCAUUGCGCUUAAUGUAGCAAUGUAGAACAAAUGUUUGAAUGAGAAAGUACUAGUACUAGCAGGGCUCGAAAUAAGGGGAGGUCAAAAUACAAUGUCCUUCGAAAUUUGAUAAAUGUCCUGUCAAAUCGGAAUCUGAAAGGACAUUUUUACCAGCCCUAACUUCAUGACCUUCCAAAAAAGUGUUUGGAACAACAUUAUAUCCUGCGUUGGUCCAGACGUUAUUUCUAGCCUUGAGUAAGGAGAUYAAAACUGGACUUUCUGGACUGCGACAAUGGACAAAAUGUAAAAAAAARCGAUUAAAAACUAGUUUUAGUUUUAAACUGAAAUCCUUUUCGCUGUUUUUCGUGGUUUUCAUUUGGUAAGAACUGAUUUUGUUUGAAGUAAAUAACUUGCCAGUCAUAGUUAGUAUUAACUAUGUGUCAGAGAAGUAGUUUUGUGUAUUACAACUAUUACAACAGCUGUACAGAGGAUUAAUAUUUACCUUUGCUAAUAGGAUUUUGUGAUUAGAGUUAAUUUGUUUGUGUAAAUAUAAUUCUAUGUUUUUGAGCUUUAAAAUUGCUAAUUUCCUUGAA